AUGGGUCAUUCGUCAUCUAAACUUCCAGAAGUAGACACUCGAAAACCCAAGAACGUAACCCCGACGAUCGUGGAUAUUACUUUCGAAGAGUCGAAUGGUACAGAGUUUCAGCUACAUUUUCCAUCAACAAGUCCAUGGUCUGCUCGCUGGCUGAGACUAUUCCCAGGUAUGUUACAAUUCUCUGAAGGGUCAACCAGAGAUGAUCCAAUGGUGAUGGCGGUAUAUCCGGUAGAAAACAAUGAUUAUGCUAUUCAAUUACCACCUCGAAGAGGUGACAAGAGAGCUUUCUUGAGAAUAUUAAAUGUUCCAACUGAAGUCUUGUAUUUGUUAGAAUACAAAUCAGACUCAGGUGUAAAGUAUACAUUCGAGUGGUUACACAGUGAUACCCAGGACGGAAGUUGGAUAUUGAAACAGAGCGUUCCACCAUGUGGACAAUCUAAAGACUCACAAAAUGGCAUAGCGAAAUGGUUUCCUGGAGAUCUUUCCAAGGGUGAAAUAGGACAUUUCGAGACCCUCUUAGAGAGUUGGAAUUUGACGUUUGGUAUAUACUUCCCAUUGGUGGUAAUGGCAACGGCGCUCUACAUUGAGUGCAUAAAUAAUCCGAAAUUAUGCAAGCAAGGAAAUUCCACAUAUCCAGGACCCGAUUUAGUGGGAAAAUGCGGUAAUCCAGGUGGAAUUGCAGAAUAUAUGAGUUGA